GUCAGGAGCAGGAAGUGUGUGCGUGCCUUUGUGCCAGAGAGACUGAAUUUGUGUUGGGCAGUCGAACUGUAACAGCAGCACCCUUUCUUUAUUUUCCUGUGCUUGCAUUGUUAUUUCACCUCGCCUCUGUUUUGCUCUGUGCAAUGGAUGGUAGGCAUCUGGAGAGCCUCCUGUUUCCACCUCCUCGUGUUGCUUUACUACCAUGAGCAGUUCCACUCCAUCCACAGCUAAUGGCACUGACAGUAAAACGUAUAAAGGAGAACGAUCUCCUUGUGACCCUUCCCGCGUCCUCCACGUCCGCAAAGUUCCCAUCGAAGUGUCUGAGGCAGAGGUCAUCUCACUAGGAGUCCCUUUCGGCAAAGUCACCAACCUGUUGAUGCUUAAAGGGAAAAACCAAGCUUUUAUAGAAAUGGCUUCUGAAGAAGCAGCAAUCACCAUGGUCAACUACUACACCGCAGCCACACCCCAUGUCCGCAACCAGCCCGUCUACAUCCAGUAUUCCAACCACCGUGAGCUCAAGACUGAUAAUCUGCCCAAUCAGGGGGCUUUGGAUGGGCAGAACAUCUACAACGGCUGCUGCACUCUGCGUGUUGAGUUCUCCAAGCUGACCAGUCUGAAUGUGAAGUACAACAACGACAAGAGCAGAGACUUCACACGUCUAGACCUACCCUCAGGGGACGGCCAGCCCACGCUGGACCCCAGCAUGCAGACCGCUUUUGGGGCUCCUGGGAUAAUUUCCUCUCCAUACCCUGGGGCGGCUGGUUUCGCCCCUGCUAUCGGUUUCCAUCAGGCAGGUCUGUCUAUGCAGACAAUGCCUGGUGCUCUGGGACCUCUCACCAUCCCUUCAUCAGCAAUGACAGGACGGAUGACCAUCCACGGCAUGGCCCCCACCAUCAUCCACUCUGUGCUCCUCGUCUCCAACCUCAACCCCGACAGCAUAUCACCACACGGGCUCUUCAUUUUAUUCGGAGUGUACGGAGAUGUUCACAGAGUCAAGAUUCUGUUCAACAAGAAAGAGAAUGCCUUAAUACAGAUGGCAGACGCCACGCAAGCCCAGCUCGCGAUGAGCCAUUUGAACGGUCAGCGUCUGCAUGGUAAGGUGAUCCGUGUGACCAUCUCAAAGCACCAGACGGUGCAGCUCCCCAGGGAGGGUCAGGAGGACCAGGGCCUGACCAAAGACUUCAGUGGGAGCCCGCUGCACCGCUUCAAAAAGCCCGGCUCCAAGAACUUCCAGAACAUCUUUCCUCCCUCCGCCACCCUGCACCUCUCAAAUAUCCCCCCCUCCACUACAGAUGAUUUUCUGAAAGACCUGUUUGCCGGUUCUGGAUACACAGUCAAGGCCUUCAAGUUUUUCCAGAAAGACCGCAAAAUGGCGCUGAUCCAGCUGGGUUCGGUGGAAGAAGCCAUCCAGGCUCUUAUCGACCUCCACAACCAUGACCUGGGAGAAAACCACCAUCUGCGAGUGUCUUUCUCCAAAUCCACCAUAUAGCACCACCUUCACUACAGUCCAAACGCACCCUUUUCCCAUCCUCCCCAUUCCAGCCCUUCUACCUUCAGCAGUCUGACUGUUUCGUUCAGAGAAUAAGACUGACUGACAAACUCUAAAAAAACAAUUAUAGAUAUUCAUGGGGUAGUUUUAGAGAUUUUCAAAAGAAAAAACAAAAACAAAAAAAAGAAAGAAAAAAAAAAAAGCAAAUAAGAGACUACUGCAGAACCUUUAGACAGUCUCAGAGUGAGUUUGAUUUACUCUCACAAAACCAGGGCUGAAGACACAUGGGAUAUCCAUGACAAUGUGACAUUUCUGGGAACCUCCAUGUGGAGGAAGUAGGACUCCCUCUUUAGUCUAUUGGCGAGAACUUUGUUGAUGUGAAACGCAAACUAAUAUGGGGUGAACAUUCUCAAAAAAGUCAAUGCUGAGGAAGUUUCUUCACCGCACACUUACCGAUUACAUUGGAGACUGACGCUCCUGUAGCCCAAUGGCCUUGUUACCCCAGACCUAAGUGAGGGCGGAGUCUCCUCUGUGCCUCCCCCCAAAAAAUGUCACCUUCAUUCUCAUUGGCUGUUUCAACGGAGAGUCGCAUUUCCCAUGGGAUGUGUUGAACGCACGGUCACCGUUUGAAUGUUGCUGACGUCAUCAUCAAGGUGCUGCUGGAAAAUAAAAUCUGUAGCGACGGUCUCGACCAAUGGACUUGUCCUUUUUCUUCAGAGUAGCAUUAAAAUAAGAGUGCUAUGGAUUCAAGAAUGAGUGCAUUUAAAAUUCUCAGCUGUUUCGGCUUACAAAUCUUUUGUUUCUCAGCACUUUGAUUUGAAUGGAAGACAGGCACCAUGGGGAAUGUUUGGCAUCCUCAUAUCUGUUUACUGUGCAAAGAUGUAUAGCCAGAUGGUAGGCAUCUGUGAAUAGAUAGUGAAUGGCGUGAUUUGUUAUUUUUUUCUUGUAUUAUGAAAAUUUUAUAUGAAACAGACCGGCCUUUUGUGGGCUCUCUGCACCUGCAAUGUUGUCAGAGAACAUCUUUGUUGCAAUGGCGCGAUGUCAUUGUCCAGUCGAUCGGGUUCCUCUGAACCGGGACGAACAUUUUCAAACAUGCAUGAUCAUUCCGGAAAACUCGCGGCCAGCUGUCAACCUUACUGGAACGCUCCAAUCAGCAACGCCCAGCCUGAAAAGAGGCUCCACCUCCUCCAAAGUGAAAUUCUCAAUGUGAAUGGUAUAGCCUGUGAUCUUGAUGGGAAAUUGAUAAUUUCCUCCAUUCUGUUCCCCUUCUUGCUCUUAGUUGAGUCUUUUCCUUUCGUUCUUCUUGUUUUCCAUCAUUCCACACAGGGGCAGACGGUUCUGUGCUCGUUACUCUGUUCUUUCACUCCUCGGCUAUGUCCACAGGUGUGAGUUUGCAGCCAUGGGCUCUGUAGAAACCGUAGUGAAACCCAUUGAGUCACGGCAAAAAAAGAAAAGGCGGCACUCUCUUUUGCCUUGCAGUCCCACACUAAAUGCCUCCACAAAGAGCAAUUCGGAGUGACAUGGAGACGCCACCUAUUUCUCAAAACCUAGUGAGCUGCUGCAUAGGCAGCUGCCUUCUAAGGCAGCAUCCUAAUUGCCAUGAAAGCCUAUUAGUGACUGAUCUGGAGUGCUCUAGAACUGACUAAUAGCACAGGAGUGCACAGGAAACUUGCCUCCAAUAGAGUCCAGGCCAGAGGUUUUCUUCUAGAGGUGGAGAUGUUAAACUUUGAGUCUGUGAAUCUUCUAAGUCAAUCACACAAAGACCUUGGCAUCAUGGAAAUGCUUGCAAGCUCCAAAUAUAGCUUACUCCAAAACUAGCAUCUCCUCCAUUGAUUCCAUUUAAAAAUCGAUACAUUACACGUUUUGAGCAGCGUUUGAAGGCUAGCAUUGGAUUUGUUUGAUUUUAGUACAAUUAGCAUGUUGCUAAGCUAAUAAGUCCAAUCGUAAAAAUACAUAGCACAUGCCAAUAUUGAGCUUCUACUAUGAAUUCUUUACACUUAUUACAGUGGUGGGCUUUGAGGUUAACAUGUUGCUAAGCUAAUAAUGUGGUGUGGCAUGAUGCGACACAACAGUAAACUGAUGCCCCGUUCUACUUCUGACGUACUACAAGCGUUUGCGCUACUUCCGACAACAGGACAAAUGGAUUUGGAACUUUGGCUUUUUUCAGUAUAGACAGUCUAGAGAUGUUGCAGUGCAAUGCGACAAACAUCACACACUGCAUAAAUGUAAAAAUACCUAGAACAUACUCAAUAUUUGCUUGUGCUAUGUAUUUCUACACUUCAGGUAUCGCAACAUUAGCCUAGCAACAUGCUAAUGUCAAACUCUGGAAUGAGUUGAUUCAUCUGAUUGAUCAAUUUUAGCGGGUUUUGGCCUGAUGCGAAAAAUCAACACUGCAGUCAAAAUAAUGCAUUUUUAAACAGGUUAAACAAAUUUAUAGAUAUUUUUCUUCAGUGAAUUAUAAGUAUAUUCAUAAUCAACAUUUGCCUUGAUUCACCCACCAUCUUGAAUGAGCUUCACAGUGCAUUCUGGGAUUGCCUUAUCCACAAUGGUUACAUGCAGAUUAGAUUUUGGCCAAAAUUAGAUAUCCUAGAAGGCUGGAACAGCCCUUGUGCCGGGAGCGCACCUGUGAUGCCUUAAAAUGCCAUCUAAAUAGGCAGCUCACUAGGUUUUGGAACAUGGUAAUGGUGUGCAUACACAGAAGCUGAUUCUGUAUAUGUAUGUGUUCUGUUAGUACUAGUGUAUUAUUACCGGUUUCAUUUGGACUGUUUAGGAUAUUUGAUGACUCGCUUGUGCAUACGAGCGAGGCGCUGUCUUAUUUAGUGAUAAUCUGGCCUUAACAUUCCAAGGAGGGUCACCGUAGACCUGUUGAGUAGCAUCUAAAGGGAGCAGCUUCUAUGCCUGUGCGCUAUAUCCUCUAUCAGUGUCCAUUUGAAUCACAGUUAUGAAAUAAAUCAACAAUCUUCAUGUUCAUGCAAGGCAAGGGAUAGUGGCUUUUUUUGUCUUUGACUGAUUUCACCUGAAGCGAUUCAAAACGUCGCUUUCACUUCUCAAAAGAAAUUGAAUUUUGUUGAAGUUUACAGUCUUAAAGCAAAACUAUUCAGGUCUAUAUAUCUUAAGGAUUGUCAAGAUUUUUUGAGAAAAAAAGUUACUUAUUUUUGGUAAUUUGUUCUUUUUUAUGGAAGAGAGAAAAAAAAUCUAAUUUGAAACCUCAUCGGGUUUUUGUACCACUAUAAUCAUUCAAGAAAUCAUGGUGAAAAAAAAAUCAUAUUUACUGUGUAUUUACCUAAUUUCUUAUUACGUGCCUUAUUAUGUGUUCAUAAUCAAAUAGGUUUUAGAAAUUGUACCUAAAAUAUCUUAUGUACUAUUUUGUGGGAUUGGUGAGAGGGUUGAUUUAUUUUGAUCUUGAUUUUUAUUUUAUUUUUUGUUGUGUAGCUCUUAUUGAUGUGCAUUUUGUGGGGACUCAGUACCAUGUGGUCUUAAUAUGAAAUGAGAUGUAAGUUAUGAUGUAUGGUGCUGUGAAUGCUCUUAUUAGAAAAAUUAACGGUGAACUCAGCGAUGUUCAGAGCAUGCUGUGGGUCUCUAUUCUCCCUCGUUGAUGUGUGUGUGUGUGUGUGUGUGUGUGUGUGUGUGUGUACAUAUGUAUGCUAGACCCGCAUACCAUUGUCACAUAAAGCCUUUCUAGGC